GGAAAGCCCUUCCACAUGUUGGACCAGGAAGAGGUCCACCCUUUGCUGAUGCGCGAGAGGCGCUCUGAGUCGCACAGGAACAAGCUGCUGCGCCGCACGGUCAGCGUUCCCGUUGAGGGACGCCAACAUCCCGAGAUGGAUCACCGACCUCGGCGGAAGAGCAUCGCCACGGGGAAGCAGCCGAGCAUGGACCUCUCCCCCAGCGCCCCCCUUCAACCCUUCCGACAAUCCAGUUUCCUGAGCAGGAGGUUGAAGGGCUCCAUCAAGAGAGCCAAGAGUCAGCCCAAACUGGACCGAAGCAGCAGCUUCCGACACAUGAUCCUGCCCCGCUUCCGCAGUGCCGACCAGGACAGGACGCGCUUGAUGCAAAGCUUCAAAGAGUCACACUCACACGAGUCGCUGCUGUCGCCCAGCAGCGCCGCCGAGGCGCUCGACCUCACGCUGGACGAGGAGGCCGUCAUCAAGCCCGUCCACUCCAGCAUCCUGGGCCAGGAGUACUGCUUCGAGGUGACCACGGCAUCGGGAACCAAGUGCUUUGCGUGUCGCUCGGCGGCCGAGAGGGACAAAUGGAUCGAGAAUCUGCAGAGAGCCGUCAAGCCCAACAAGGACAACAGUCGGCGCGUGGACAACGUGCUGAAGCUGUGGAUCAUCGAGGCGAGAGAGCUGCCCGCCAAGAAGCGAUACUAUUGCGAGCUGUGCCUGGACGACAUGCUGUACGCGCGCACCACCAGCAAGCCGCGCACUGACACCGUUUUCUGGGGGGAGCACUUUGAGUUCAACAACCUGCCGGCCGUGCGGAACCUGCGCCUGCACCUCUACAAGGAGACUGACAAGAAAAGACGCAAGGAAAAGAGCACCUACCUGGGCCUGGUCAGCAUCCCCAUCUCCAGCAUCACGGGGCGUCAGUUUGUGGAGCAGUGGUAUCCCGUCAUCCAGCCCAGCGUCCUCACCAAGGGGGGGGGCGUGGGCGGUGGCGGCAAGAUCAUCAAUGCCUCGCUGCGCCUCAAGUCUCGCUUCCAGACCAUGAACAUCCUGCCCAUGGAGCUGUACAAGGAGUUCGCCGAGUACGUCACCAACAACUACCGCACGCUGUGCGCCGUUUUGGAGCCCGUGCUCAGCGUCAAGAGCAAAGAGGAGGUGGCCUGCGCGCUGGUGCACAUCCUGCAGAGCACCGGGAAAGCAAAGGACUUCCUGUCAGACAUGGCCAUGUGCGAGGUGGACCGAUUCAUCGACCGGGAGCAUCUCAUCUUCAGAGAGAACACUCUGGCCACCAAAGCAAUAGAAGAGUACCUCAAGCUCAUUGGACACAAGUACCUCAAGGAUGCCAUCGGGGAGUUCAUACGCGCCUUGUACGAAUCGGAGGAAAACUGCGAGGUGGACCCCAUGCGAACGCCUCCCUCCGUGCUGCCGGACCACCAGGCCAACCUGAGAAUGUGCUGCGAGCUGGCCCUUUGCAAGAUCGUCACUUCCCACUGCGUGUUCCCGCGCGAGCUGAAGGAGGUGUUUGCGUCGUGGCGAGUGCGCUGCGCCGAGCGCGGGCGCGAGGACAUCGCCGAGCGUCUCAUCAGCGGCUCGCUCUUCCUGCGCUUCCUGUGUCCCGCCAUCAUGUCGCCGUCGCUCUUCAACCUGACGCAGGAAUAUCCCGACGAGCAGACUUCGCGCACGCUCACCCUAAUCGCCAAAGUGGUGCAGAACCUCGCCAACUUCUCCAAGUUCGGCAACAAGGAGGAGUACAUGUGCUUCAUGAACGAGUUUGUGGAGAUGGAGUGGGGCUCCAUGCAGCAGUUCCUCUAUGAGAUCUCCAACCUGGACAGCGUCACCAACGCUGGCAGCUUUGAGGGCUACAUCGACCUUGGCCGGGAGCUCUCCGUGCUCCAUAGUCUCCUCUGGGAGGUGAUGGCCCAGCUCAGCAAGGACGCCAUCAUCAAACUGGGCCCUCUGCCCCGCCUUCUGAACGACAUCAGCAUGGCCUUGCGCAACCCGCACCUGCAGAGGCAGCCCAGCCACCAGUCCGAGCGACUCCUAUCCCGGCCCUCCUUCAACCGUGGUGUCUCCUCUUCCUCCGACUUUCGCAACCUCGCCAUGCUCAACAGCUCCAUGGACUUCGCCCGCCUGCCUUCGCCGACGUCCACCGGCGGAAUGUUGCCGUCCCGCUCCCAGCUGAGCUUUCAGGAGCGUGAGCACCUCCUGCACCGAGCGCCCUCCAAAGACAUGUUCUACGCGUCACGCCCCCCCCUGGCCCGCUCCAGCCCGGCCUACUGCACCAGCAGCUCCGACAUCACUGAACCUGACGGCAAGGAUUCCCGAAUGAACAGCGUGUCUAACCUGCAGUCGGUGGACAUGCUCAACUACUCCCAGGCCUCCAUCGCCGGCAUGGGCAGCUUCGGGGGGCUGAGCGGCGGAGGCGGUGGCGGCCUGGGUUCGGGCCUGAGCGGCCAGUUGCGGGCCGGCGGCAGGUUGUCGGCCGGCUCCGGCGGCUCCAGCGUGUCCGGCGGCCUGCGGCUGAGCCAGAUGGGCGCCGCCGCCACCGACUCUCUGUCCCAGCAGCAGCAACAGCAGGCCGCCGCCAUGCGCUACCCGCUUUCCUUCCAGAAUCCCCUCUUUCAUCUGGCCACGGCGGACGGGCCGCAGCGGCCACAUGGGCGCGCUCAGCCCCCCGCGCCCCUGCUCCUGACCCCUGAGCCCUCGCACCCCGGCUACCUGCCGCAGUUGGCCCGCGGUGGCUUCUCCCGCAGCGAGGACCUGUCCUCCCUCAGGACCGGCGACGGUGCCCACCUGGGCCAGCCCAGCAUCAUCCACUCGCACAGCUACAGCGACGACUACGGCCGCCGCCAGAUGUCCGUGCACAUGCAGGAUAACAUACAGCAGCAGCAGCAGCAGCAGCAACAGCAGCAGCAGCAGCAGCAAAUGAUGGGCCUGACCUCCCAGACAGGCACCUCCCACUCAUCCUUGGCCACCACUCCUCCGUCCACGGUCCAACCGCGAGCUCCGCCCCCUCCCAGUCAACGCGUCAAAUCCCAGACGUCCCACCAGCUGUCGGUCGGCGCCCCCGCUAAGAAUCGUCCGCAGAGCGGAAACGUCCUCCAGUCGCCCGAGACGGCCUACGGGGGCGUGCGGCAGGUGCGCGGCGGAGGCGGCCGCCAGCUGUCCGUCAAGGACAACACGGCACCAGGGCUGCCGCGCCAGCAGAGCUCGGUGCGAGAGUCAGGGAGUCCGCAGGGGACAGGCAGCCCCACCACACAGCAGUCGCCCCAACAGCAGCAGCCGUCGCCGCUGACUCAGCAGCCGCAGCCUCAGCAGCCGCAGCAUUUGCUCAAGCCCAACGUUGGCAAACAGGGGUCGCAGGCGCCACAGGCGCCGGCCAACGAGAGGACGGUGGCCUGGGUGUCCAACAUGCCGCACCUGUCGGCAGACAUCGAGAGCUCGCGCAUCGAUCGUGAGGACUUCAAGCUCAAGGAGUACUCCAAGAGCAUGGACGAGUCGCGCACGGACAGGGUGCGUGAGUACGAGGAAGAGAUCAACUGCCUGAAGGACCGUCUGGUCAUGUCGCACAAGAAGCUGGAAGAGUAUGAGCGCCGCCUGCUGACGCAGGAACAGCAGACCAACAAAAUCCUGCUGCAGUACCAAAACCGGCUGGAGGACAGCGAGCGCCGACUGCACCAGCAGCAGCUGGAGAAAGACUCGCAGAUUAAAGGCAUCAUCCACAGACUCAUGGCCGUGGAGGAUGAGAUACGAGGAGGACACGUCAUUGAGCCAAAAACAGCCAGGAUUUUCCCUGAUCAGGGGAGGCGUCAGUCCAUCCUAGUGCAGCCUCGUCUCGCCCCCGUCCCACCCCGAGUGUCCAGCCAUUCGCAAAGCUUGAUGGACGACAGUGUGGAAGCUAGCUGGCUGAUGCGCCAACGGCGCCACGCGACAGGCUGGCACAGCCAAAUGUCCCGCGCGCUUUCCCGCGAUGCAGUCGGUUGACAAAGGGAGAACGCGGGCCACCGGUCCGUGUGCUCCAAGGACGGUCCCGAACCUCGGCGAAGCAUGUGAGCAACCGCGACGGGGGCGUCCUCACAUUCUUUCUUGACUUUUUUCGUGUUUUUGUGGGAGGGCAAGACGUUUGCGGGAAGUGCAAGAGCGCCUGUUGUACUUCCAAGAUGCUCGAGCUCUCCAACCCUCCUGUUACCUUGUGGCUUAAAAUGGCCGGUGGUUCCAAAGCACAAGUCGUAUUGACUCACUCAAAAGGCUGCUUGAAAGCAAAACGCCCGACUUCCGAUUCCAUUUGGAGCCUUCGGAUGUGUGGGCGGGGCUGAAAUGGUUGUCAGGGGCUGCAUUGCUCAAGUCCCAGAGACUUUUGGUCUGAGGAUAGCCACCAAAUAUUGCACUGAUUGGUAAAACUGCUAUCUGGGCCUGUUUUGUUUCCUUUUUUAAUUUUUGGGGCUUGAUUGGGACUCGUUUGGUUGAAUUCACAAGUAGGAGUUUGAGCAAAAUGGUUGCUUCCAGCCCACAGUGUAGACUUGAAUUUUGGGUCCUUGAGACUUGGUGCAUCCAUUGAUGUCCUAAGUCCUCCUCAUUUCAUCUUGUGUGCGGUACGGGGCAAUUGACUUUUUAUUUAUUUGCAAAAUGAUGGUGAGACGUUGCUACCAUGCUCUGGACACACGAUCGGUUGUACAAAUUGGUCCAGUGGCUGCUUAAGACAUUUUGCAACCCGCGUGUCCAACCAAUUGCACAGAGACGCCUGAAACUCCUCAAGUUUUUCUUUCCUUUCUUUUUUUUUUUAACCUUUUGUGAUGACUGAGUGAGUUUUAAUGAUUUGUGAUCAAGAGUUAAUAUUCGUGUUUUUUUUUUUUUUUUAGUUCUCAUGAAACGUGUCCCGCUUGGUCCUCAACUAAUAAAAUAUGACUUUUGUCUUUUCUGACACUUUUGGGUCAAAUUGACCCGGCCAGAAUGUAACAGGAGGGUUCAAACUUAUUUACUUUCAGAGCAUUUCUUUUGAUUAUUGUUGUUAUUCUCGCUAUCACUUGUAGUCUUUUAAAACGAUCAUCCACAAAGGAUUGGUCACUAUUUCCGACACUUUUAUCACCUCUUUUCUAUUUUUCUCCAGCGCUUAUUUAUUCUGAUAGAAGGACUCGUCAUCUGAAAUCUUCCAGUUUCUUUAUUGGUUGACCUCAUUUUCUUUGAAUCUUUUUCUUACGGAGACAAUCUUGCCCACAUGAACACACACAAAAGAGGACAAAAUUGUGUGUGCGGGUGUGUGUCCCUUCAUCCCCAAAGACUCGGCCCAAAUUUGCACAUGACGGCGUCGCCAUGAAGCUCUCUGUUUACAAAGCGGACGCUUGCUCUUUUCUGCUCCGCGUGGAUGAACUUUGGAGGUUUUCCUGGUGGGAAAUGGGACGUUCUCGAAACAGAAAUCCCCCGAUGGAGAGAUUCCUCGGCGUGACAUAUUCCUGAGCCGGAAUGAAUGCGUGUCUACUAUGUGUACAUAGAUCCGGGAUAUGCUAUGUACACGUUUGUUUGGAAUAAGACGCAGAGUGUACAGUUAUUUUUCUCCCCCGUCUGGAAUGUUUUUCUUCUCUUUCUAGCGAUUGGAGCAAAAUGCGGAGAGAGAAGCAAAACACCUGUCAAAAAUGGCCAGCCUUUUUUUCCUAGCCUUUUAUUGGGGGAGUGAUUGUAAAUACAAGCGGGCGAUUUGAUUUCUUUGGUCCAUAAUCAGCCGUGGCUUCCACUCGAUUGGUUGCGGGUUGUCGUUCAGAGAUCUAUAUUUAUUCCGACAAGCCUGAUGUACCAUAUUUGACUCAUUCUUUGGGAGCUUUUUCCGUUUUGGUGACAUUGCGUUUGUUUCCCCACAAUACUAAGUGUGCCUCCCUCUUAUCUUAUACUCAACAUUUAC